AUGAGAGCUGCUCGAUCAGGGGUGCUUGUGUGCGCGGGCCUGGCAUGUCUGCUAGGCCACGCUUUCCUUCCUGGUCUGACAUCAAACUGUAGCAGAGUUGCGCGAAGAGCAACUGAAAAGCGUGAGAUCACCAAGGUUGAGAUUUGCAUACACAGAGACUGCAAGCGCAGGGGUGGAGGGGCAAAGCUCAAGAAGGUCUUUGAGGAUUUGGCUGAAGGGACCAACAUUGAGGUUGGUGAGUACGACUGCUUUGACGAAUGCCCUUUUGGCCCGAAUGUGAGGACGCUGAGCGGACCUGAUGACGACUUCGGCCGCGUGCUGAACAAAGUAAAAGGCAAGAAGAUGGUUGCAGAGAUCCUUGGGGUGGAGUUGUUUUGGCCAACCAACUUCAUUGAUCCAAGCCGCGAUAAGACUUGCAUUUUUCAUGCGUUUGAGGUCCAAAAGUAUCAUGUAGGCAUUGACUCAGACAUAUUUGAUGAGCGCUUGCUGCACCUCUUAGAGAUUGGCCGGGACUGCGUCGACAUAGAGUUGGUGCGAUGGGCUCUGCGUUUGCAGCCCGAUGUUGAUUUGCAUGCCCUCUUACAAAGCCGAAAGCACGUCUGCGGUGGCAGCAAUGCAAAGACUGGCCUUGUGCGUCCUUUGGGGGUUCCCUCCGUUCGCCCACGGUCCCCUUUGAGAGAUCAUGUGGACUUGCUGGCGCUGAGUAGAUUGAUAGCCGAUCUACUUGACAUUUACAUUGCCAAUGGAAACAAGCAUGUUUCAUACUGGCAGUUGCACGACCAACUUGCCUGGGAUGGCGAUGACUAUCGAUGCCUUCGUGAGCAUUUCACUCUUCCAAGACUUCUAGCGUGCUUCUCCUUGUUUGACCACAACUUUGGAGGGCAGCAGUGCGCGCUCAGCAAGAGGAACUAUGCAGUAUGGGGCGCUGAACGAGUUGUGAAGGGGACUCUGCAGAAGUGGCAGAACGACAUUGCUGAGCCGCUGGCUCCCAUGGAGUUCCAGGAUCCAUCUGUCAGAGGGCCUCUGCAAGAAGGACGCUUUCUAAGUUUUGUGGACGUGAUACGACAGCUACGCUGGACAGCAGAGUUUGCGCCGCAUGUGGGGGAGAUGUUAGAAUGGGCUUGGCAGACACCAGGUUUGGAGCUUGGCAUCCGACUCUCAUCCGCCAGUUUUGCCUGCAGAGACGUGCGAUGGGAGGACAAAGACAGGAGUGAAAAAGGCGCAUUGCAUGCAUUGGCGGAUCACUUGGAGACCAAGCCAGGCUUGUCUGAGCACAUUGCAGCUUUGCGCAGUAGUGUCCAUUGGCGAGAUUAUGGCUUGGGGCCUUUGGAGAAGUUUGUGCGGAAGUACACCGCAUGGUUCCAGGUCUCAGGGGACCGAAUUACGUUGUGCCACAAGAGUUGGAAGGGCGAUUCCAACCACACCGAAGCACACGCGGCUGGUCUGCCAUUGCCAAAGAAGGGAACAAACGAGGACAGUGACAUUGAUGACAGCUCUGACAUGGAGGGUGAAGAGCCUGAAGUCUCAUGUGCCUCGGAGAAAUGGCCAUCCUACCAGCGCCCCCCUCGGCCUUUUACUGCGGUCGAAGGCCACUGCUAUCAUGAGAUUUGUCAGAAACAAGCUCUCCUGGCACCUGGGCCAGAGCUUGGACUUCCAAAUGAUAUUGUGCUGCCUCACCUCCGCGGCGAUGCAAUGCUGUUCAAAGAGAUCGGUGAGCAGAUGGAACGCUUCAUGGAGCGGUGGGGUCCCCGUACUCAGGACCUGGAGCAAAGAUGGUGUGUCUUUUCCGAUAUCCAGCGAGCACUUGCGCUGAACCUUCGGUUGACGUGGCCGAAGCUGGAAGUGUCAUUAUUCGGUACAUCUGCCAGUGGGCUUGCCCGCAGAGAUUCCGAUCUGGAUUUGCUAUUGGACUUGGAUGGUGCAGGAAACCGGGAGCUACCUCGUUCCAAUGUCCCCAGCAUCCUCUCCCAGUGUGAGGAGGCUUUGGGUCGAGCAGGUGCUGAGGAGCUCCAGGGCAUUCCGAACGCAAGGAUACCGAUUGUGAGGGGCAAGAUUCAUGGGAUUCGAUUCGACUUGUCCUUGGGCACAACGUGUGGACUGUGGAACACUGCCUUCUUGCGGGAAUGCCUGAAGGAUGAUCCAGGAAGAGUGAUGGCUUUGUGCAGUUGCGUAUCAUCCUGGAGCAAAAUGCGCGGUGUCAAUGAUUCGCCCAAUGGCUUGCUGAGCACCUACUCUGUAUUGCUCAUGGUGAUAUUUUAUCUGCAAAUACGGGGACAUUUGCCAAGACCUCCGGCAGAUUUCAGCAAGUUGAAAUUGGACGACGCACCAUACGCGCCUCCAGUUUCAAGUCUGUCUCACGAAGAGCUUGGACGUACAUUGGUCGACUUCUUUACUUUUAUAUGCAGCUUCAGGUGGGACUGUUGGAUUGCAUCUGUGCGAUGUGCCACGGCAUUGCCACGCAGCAGCAAGGGCCGUGCUUGGCGAGUGGCGCCACUGUGUGUGGAGGACCCCUUCGAAACACAUCUGAAUACUUGCAGGCGUGUGAAUCCAAGAGCUCGGCGACAGAUCUUGGGCGCAUUUCAAGCAGCCUUGAGGAGUCUCUUGCAAGGUGAAGGCUUGCAAGCGAUUCUGGGACCAAUGGCCUUGGAAUCGUCAGCAGCGGAGAUUUCAACUUUCGAUGAGCUCAGAACAGCGGUGGCGCGCAACAUUGGCAAAAAUGCGCCCUGCUGCAGAUCCAGGUCACAUAUGAUUACAUGA